AUGCGCUUCAAAGCAGCAACCUUUGUAGUGUCUGGCACGAGGACAAAGAGUAACUGUUAUUUGAUUAUUUAUGAUUCAUUCUCGGAACGAAAAGCAUUCUUCCCUCGUAUUCCAAAACAUUUGGGUUUUGACGAAAGCAUGUGUUUGUUUCAGACAGAAGCAAGCGUGUGUUGCAGAAUAUUUCCGCUACGCACUCGUUUAGAGUAUUGUACGGGAAGUGUCAAGGAAGAGGAGGAGAAUAAUCAUAUUGAAAUACUUGCGCAUAGACCAGAUUUGAUCGCUAAUCGGACGGAUUUGAAUAAACAAUAUAUCAGCAGCACACUGGAAAAAUAUCUGCAAAAGAGUUCAGCCACUGAACGUUUGGGAUUGGCGGAGUUACGGCAAAAUGGUGACCGACGACAUGAGGAUCGUCCUAACGCAUUUCACUUUUUGUGA